AUGGAAGGAAAGAAUCAAACCACUCUAUCAGAAUUCAUCAUCUUGGGAUUCUCCAACCUAAAUGAGUUACAGUUUUUACUAUUUACCAUCUUCUUUCUGACUUAUAUAUGUACUCUGGGAGGAAAUAUAUUCAUCAUUUUGGUGACCAUGGCUGAUCCACAUCUACAUUCACCUAUGUAUUAUUUCCUAGGGAACUUGGCCUUUCUUGACAUCUGCUAUACCACCACCAAUGUCCCCCAGAUGAUGGUGCAUCUUCUAUCAGAGAAGAAAAGCAUUUCCUAUGGGGGCUGUGUGGCUCAACUUUUUGCAUUCAUUUUCUUUGUGGGAUCAGAAUGUCUCCUUCUGGCAGCAAUGGCAUAUGACCGUUACAUUGCAAUCUGCAAACCCCUAUGGUAUUCAGUUAUCAUGAGCAAGGCCCUUUAUAGUCAGUUAGCAGCCUCAUGCUGGACUUGUGGUUUCCUCAACUCAUUGGUGCACACAGUACUGACAUUCUGUUUGCCCUUCUGUGGCAACAACCAGGUUAAUUAUUUCUUUUGUGAUAUUCCACCUUUACUGAUCCUGUCUUGUGGAGACACAUCUGUCAAUGAACUGGCUUUACUCUCCACUGGGGUCUUCAUUGGCUGGACUCCCUUUCUGUGCAUCAUCUUUUCCUACCUUUACAUAAUUUCUACCAUUUUGAGAAUCCGCUCUUCAGAGGGGAGACACAAAGCCUUUUCUACGUGUGCCUCACACCUGGUCAUUGUCCUUCUCUAUUAUGGUAGUGCCAUCUUCACAUAUGUACGUCCCAUUUCAUCGUACUCACUAGAGAAAGACAGACUGAUCUCAGUAUUGUAUAGUGUUGUUACCCCCAUGCUAAACCCUAUAAUUUACACAUUGAGGAAUAAGGACAUCAAAGAAGCUGUGAAAGCUAUAGAAAGAAGGUGUCAGCCACUGAUUCUUUCUUAUGAUAUGUAAGCUU